UCGGGUACGAGAAAUGAUCAUAAAAAAGACCAAGAGAUCGGCAGGAAGACUGAUGGAUCAGCAAAAAAAGCUAAAAGGCACACAGCGAAAUGGAAAGAACACAAAAAAUAAACCACAAGAAUCCCAGUCAGAUGACUCAGAUGACCUAUAUGAUCAGAGUGAGGAAUCUGAUGAAAGCAGAAGUUUAGAUGGAAGUGAUGGAGAGGAAGAGCAGUCAAGUGAAGGGAGUGAAGAAGAUGAAGUGGAAGAGCUUUCGAGUAAAGAAUCUGAUGAUGAAGAGGAAGAGCUUUCAAGUAAAGAAUCUAAUGAAGAAGAGGAAGAGCAGUCGAGUGAAGGAAGCGAUUUUGAAGAGUACGAGCAUACAACUGAUGAAGAAGAAAACGAUCCCAGUAGUGAACAAGACAGCGAGUCUGAUGAGGAAGAUGAAGAAGGUAGCGAAAGUAGCGAAAGUAGCGAAAGUAGCGAAAGUAGCGAGGGGAGCAGCAGGGAGCCAGAACAGCAAGGCCCUAAAGAGCAGCGCUCGAAGCAGAAUCCUAAGGAGUCCAGACGGAAGAAAGAUCUUGAUAACCAAACACAGCUGCAUAAACGCGAGCGCAAGAAGGCUCAAGGAGAGACUUCAUCUCCUGCAAAACCCGCAGAGAAGUUGGGGACAAACCAAGACACUCCAAGAGAAAAAAGAACACCGCGACAAUCUACUAGACCAACGAAGAAACCACAAACUUCAGGGACUGCCACAAAAAUUAGAGACGCUCCUGGGGAAAAAGGUAAAACCAAGCAUGCAGGGAAGCCUAAGCAAGAGAAGAUAACGAAAAGUCCGAAAUCUAAAGAACUUAAAAAGGCUGAAUCAAAAAUGGCGAGUGAGAGACAAAAGAGAAACCCAAAUACAUCCACUGAGAUAGAGCAUCGAACCAGAAUGACAAGGGAAGACCCAAAGACAAAGACUUCCAACAAAGGAGAUUCAUACAGUGAGGAAGAUUUCAGAAAAAAACGACCAAAUUCAAGAGAUCCGAGAACUUUCAGCAAAGAAGACUGUGAUUAUGACGAUGACGAUUACCCGAUUCCAAGUAAAUCUGACGUCAGGAAAGAGGAAAGGAGAGAGCCAAGGACCAACAACAGAAAAGACCGUGAUUAUGACAAAGUCUACGGGAUUCAAAGUGAACAACACGACAGGAAAAGAAAUGCAGGGGACAGGGGAGAGCCAAGGACCCUCAACAGAGAGUACCGUAAUAAUGACAAAGCCUACCGGAUCCGGGAUGAACAAGACGCCAGGAAAAGGAAUGCAGAGGGAUGGAGAGAACCAACGCCCAUCGACAGAGAAGGCAAUGAUUGUGGCCGGAGUAAACAAGGCUUCAGGAUGAACAUUCCAACAGAAAGAAAGACUGGUUUUAAUUAUGACACUACCAUCAAGUCUGAUAAGAUUCGCUCUGAAUUUCUGCAAGACUAUCAGGCGGCGGAUCGAAUGGUCGAUCGAAAAAACAGGACUGAGGCUUGGGACAUGCAGUCAAAUAAUGCCGGUCAAGUUUGUAGAGACCGAAAUGCGGGUCAGCUGAGAUAUGCUCACAAGAAUCGAAAUUUGGAUAAAUGUAAGGAGCUACACGCAUAUGAUUUGGUGGAGAUCUUGGCACAGAAAAAAGACCUCAACAGCAACAUCUUGCAAGUGAUAAGAGAGAGGAAUGUAGGUCCUGAAGAUGUACAGCGGAUAUUAAAUAACCACGCGGAUAUUUUCCACAUCAAGAGCGAUAGGUUUUGCCUUAAUCCUAAAUUAAAACUAUGCACUGCACAUUUGGGUAGCAAAGGAUGCAAGAAUAGGAAAGAUUGCAUCGAUAUGCACGUCUGUCAGAAUUUCCUUAAAGGGGUUUGCAGGUAUAAAAGCUGUGAUUUAGGCCACAACUUAAGUACAGGACAUAAUUUGAAAGUUCUUCAGCAAUUCUACCUUGACAGACUCAAGGAUGAUACUUUGCUAAGAGUGCUUUCCAAAAAUAUUCCAAAGAUUACCAGCAAUUCCCACAAAGGAAGUGCAGAUCAGGAAAUAAGAGACAGCUCUCCAGAUCAUAAGCCACUCGAGACCAGUGAAUCUGAUGCUACUCCUCCGAGUGGAGACGAUGAUGAGUCUGAUGCAGAUUGUUUAAGUGGAGGCAGAGUUAAGCAGAAGAAGCGUUCUCCAAACAAGAAGAAAACACAAAUCCAGAGUGUAUGGUCCUCAGAUUCUAAUGGAAACGUAGGGAUCCCAGAAAUCUGCUAUGAUUCGGUUGAAGGGACAUGUACAAGAUUAGAUAUAGAUUGCGAGAGACUUCAUUCAUUUCAGCAUUUUUACUGGCAGAUUAGCAAAGACAAGAGCAAAUGGUUCAACCUACAUCCUCAGCUUGUAUGUUGUUUAGAAAAGUCCUACUGCGAUGUCUCUAAAGAUGGUGUUACUCUACCUAAGCUGAAAAAAACUGAUCUUCAAUCAGCUCAUACAGACGCUGUGAAAAUCCUUUCCCGCGAUGAAUGGACAUCAGACUUUCAAUCAAUGACUCUUGUGAAUUCCACUCACAAAGUUCAUGUCCAUCUCCGCAGGCUGUGCUCACAGAAGACAGACAGUACAAGUGUGAAAGCAAAUACUUUCUGUUGGUUUUUCUGGGACGAUAACCAGAAGUGGGUUCCCUAUGAUAACAGUGAAGAAAAAGGACACAUCACAAAUAUUUCAGAAGACAUCGAAAAACACUAUUUGGUUAAAUCUAACACACGUUACACUAUAAAAACAGAAAAGUUCAACUACGUCCUUGAUUUUCAGAAAAUGUCCCAAUUAAAUAUAAUCACCCACACGAACCGUCAAAUAAGGAGGCGUCCUCUAGAACAUCUGCAGGAUACUCCAGAUCGAUCUUUCUUACCAGAAGAUUGGAUAGAUAUGCAACCCAAGGAACGCAUGCGCCUUGUGGAUUUAGACCCAAAAUCUAAAGAGUAUGGAAAUGUCAUUACCCUCUUGAAAGACGACACUUACAAGGCUAAAGUAAAAAAAAUUCAGCGAAAUCAGAAUCCAUACUUAUGGAAGGCUUUUCAAAUUAAGAAGGAGGAAAUGAUCACGCAGUAUGGAGAUGAAGCCAGUGUGAAAAUGACAGACCUGUUUCAUGGCACUAAGUCUGUCAUCGUGAGCGCUAUCUGCAAAGAGAACUUUGACUUCCGACUGCAUGGCGAAACUACAGGGCACAUCUGGGGAAAGGGUUCAUAUUUUGGCAAUGAUAUUACCUAUUGCUAUCGUUACUGUGCGCCUGACCCAACAGGAUUGAGAUACUUAUUUGUUGCUAAGGUUCUAGUAGGAACCAUAGCACUUGGUAAUAAAGAAUUAAAGAGACCUCCUUUGAACACAGCAACAGGUGCUCUCUUUGACACAACUGUAGAUAAUGAGACACAACCAACCAUAUUUGUAAAGUAUGAUAAGCAGGAAUACUAUCCAUAUUAUGUUAUAACGAUGGCAUAGAUUACUAGCUGCAUUAAUUUUGUAUACGCAAUAUAAGAGUUUUUCAACACAACCAAUUAGACGUCAAUGUUUUCUAUGGUCUACUGAGUGCACUGCUGGGUUUGAAAGAGAAUGUGAAGAAAAGCAUAUGUAAAAAUUUAUACAUACAUAUGUGUAUGUGUGUAUGUUUAUACAUACAUACAUACAUACACGUGUGUGUGUGUUCGUGGAUACAUGUCUACACACGUUUAUUUGUAUUAUAUAAUACAAAUUACAUAUACAUUUAUAUGUAAACACAUGUGUGUAUGUAUGUAUGUGUGUUUGUAUAUAUGUAUGUAUACAAGGUGUAUACAAGUAAGGUCUUCGACACUGAGCUACUCAAAUUCUUCCGUCUUGUGCAUGACGUCACAUGGAGUAAAGCCUGGGGGUUCGAGCUAACCAUGAGGUCAGUCGUGUAUGGAAUGUAGACCUGCAAAGAUCACCCUAUCCCUUCCGUUUUCUUCGCAUGACUGACUGGCGCGCGCAAUACCCCAAAGAUGUUCAGUGGUUGGAUGCAAUAUUUGUACACUAGAAACUAUGUUUUCAUUGUCAUUUAGCUUAUAACUUAUAUGUGUAUGUAUAUAUUAUGAUUAUUAUCAUAUAUAUAUCUAUAUAUAUAUAAGGAUAUAUUAGUUAUACUUUCAUUUUAUAGAUAUGUGAUGUGUUGUAUGAUUUGUUUUUUUUUAUAAUAAAUUCGUCUUGAUAGAAUAAAACAAUAUUGUCAUUCAUAUCACCUGUCUUCUUUGUUCAUUUUACUUCUUUAUUAUAACAUAGCUAAGCUGCAGCACGAGGAAAUAUAAAAUUGAAACAAAGUAAAAUAUUCGAUACAUACUUACAAAUAAUCGCUGUUAGUCAUCGCCUGUAAAAUCAGCCCAAUGUGGAAAUCAUCAGAACGAGCCAGCACCUAAUACUACUUUAGUUUUUGCUCAGUUUGCUACCAUUUUCUAGUAUCUUCCCCCAGCCUGCCAUUUCUAAUCCCUAAAUGCCAUAGGCCGUAUCACUCAAAGCUGCACAGAACUCCGAAGUGACGAGACCUUAGGUCUCAUUUCCACCGUCAAAAACUGUUGCGCAACACUUUCCUAUGAUCCCGCCCCUAUUUAUGGGGGCGAAGUCAUAUAUAAACACCUGCACCUCUCUGAUGAGCACAACCAUCGGGCUAGUACGGCCAUUCAUCCGAGGGGUCGGCGGUUUGCCCAGGCGCGAGAAGUUGCAAUUGUCUCCUGGAGGUUACUGCUGUGGCUGGGCACCACGGCGGGUAAGGACUAAGCCGAGUCAGCACCAGCUGACACACGUUAGCGAGUCAAACGGAUUGUUUGAAUUUGAUGCUGCACUGUAUGAUAUAUUAUUCAGUGACG